AAAGUGCUGCCAUGCUUAAAAUUUGAUUAUGAUGCCACAUUAUUUUAUUCAGAAUAGUGGCAACAUAAAAACAUUGCUGAUAAAAAAAAUCAAACAGCUGGUUGUUUUUUUCGCAAUUGCUUUCAGCCACCAGGAAUAUGUCAAUUAUCGCUACCAAUUUUUUAAAAACAGCUCGUUUUAGUGUGCGCAGCCUAGCUGUCCCCAGCAUAACAAAAUAUUAUUCUGUACAAGCUGCUACUGGUAACGAGGUCGUUGUCCAACGUUUAGAGGGUAGUCAAACCGGCAUCACAGUUUUGGGUCUUAAUCGUCCAGAAGCCAAAAAUGCCUUCAGCCGUGGUUUGGUGGAAACCUUUUCGGACAUAUUGUCUAAUCUGAAACGUGAUAAUGAAUCUCGUGUGGUUAUUUUAAGAAGUCUUACUCCUGGUAUUUUCUGUGCCGGUGCCGAUUUGAAAGAACGCAAGAGCAUGAAGCAAGAAGAUGUUAGUGCUUUCGUCAGCAGUUUGCGUCAACUUUUGGUGACAAUUGAACAAUUACCCAUGCCAGUUAUAGCGGCUCUGGAUGGUGCUGCUUUAGGCGGUGGCCUAGAAAUGGCUUUGGCUUGUGAUAUGCGUACAGCAGCAGACACAACAAAAAUGGGUUUGGUAGAGACCAAAUUGGCAAUUAUACCUGGCGCUGGUGGUACCCAACGUUUGCCUAGGAUUUUAUCACCUUCCUUGGCGAAGGAAUUGAUAUUUACUGCCCGCGUUUUCAACGGCAAAGAUGCCAAAGAAAUGGGUAUUGUUAACCAUGUAGUGCCACAAAAUGAAACUAAAGAUGCUGCUUACCAAAAGGCAGUAGCUUUGGCUGAAGAAAUAUUACCAAACGGUCCAAUCGGUGUUCGUAUGGCUAAAUUAGCUAUUGAUAAGGGUAUACAAGUUGAUCUUAAUAGUGGCUAUUCCAUUGAAGAGGUAUGCUAUGCUCAGGUUAUACCUACAAAAGAUAGACUGGAAGGUUUGCAAGCAUUUGCCGAAAAGCGUAAGCCUGUCUAUAAGGGAGAAUAAAAUUAUCGAGAAUUUUGAACUGUAAUUUGUUUAUAUCGGAAAUGUGCAUUUAUUAAUUUUUUAAGUCCUAUUAUACAUUUUGUAAUUUUGAAUA